AUGAUGAAUGGAAGAAACAGGUAUCCUUUUACUCCUUCUCAAUGGCAAGAGCUUGAACAUCAAGCUCUUAUCUACAAAUACAUGGCAUCAGGUAUCAACAUUCCACCUGAUCUUCUCUUCACUAUCAAAAGAAGCUACUUAGACUCAACAAGGCUCUCACCUCACCAGUCUCAACACUUUGGGUGGAACUAUUUGCCAAUGGGGUUAGGAAGAAAAAUAGACCCAGAGCCAGGGAGGUGUAGAAGAACAGAUGGAAAGAAAUGGAGGUGUUCAAAAGAAGCAUAUCCAGAUUCAAAGUACUGUGAGAGACACAUGCAUAGAGGUAAAAACCGUUCAAGAAAGCCUGUGGAAGUUUUGAAAACAACAAACACAGAUUCUGUUUCUGCUGUUGCUGUUGCUACUUCAUCAAUCUUAUCAAUGACUAAAAAUAGCACUAGUCUUGAUACUGAUAGUAACACUGCAGCACUCACCCCAACCUCUCAUCAUGAUAGUACUACUUACCAUUAUCCUCAACAGAACUCUUCUUAUGGUUCUUCUCAUCUUCAACACUCUUUCCUCUACAACAAUAACCCUCCAUCUUCAAGGCCUAGUUUCUCAUUUCAAGACAUCAACACUAGUGCUCCUAUGUUUCUUGAUAGUUCUGGUUCUUCCUCUCACAAUAACAACAACACUGAUUGCAGGAACAGGUAUGUUUAUGGACUGAGAGAAGAGGUAGAUGAGCAUGCUUUCUUCACUGAACCAUCUGGAACUAUAAGAAGUUUAUCAGCUUCAUCUAUGGAUGAUCAAUGGCAGCUCACACCACUUACUAUAAGCUCAUCUUCCACUUCAAAACAGAGGAGUUGCUCUGGUUUAUCCAAUGAUCAGAAUGAGUACUCUUAUUUGCAACUUCAAAGCCUCACUGACAACAACAACAACAACAACUCAAAACAAGCACAUCAAGAUCAAAGUUGUUACAUCUCAGGUAAUGAAGAAACAUUCAUGAAAGAUGGGAAAGAAGAACCUCAAAAGAUUUUUCAUCGUUUUUUCGAUGAAUGGCCACCGAAAAGCAGCAGAAACUCGUGGCUUGAUUUGGAUGAUAAAUCAUCCACCACUCAGCUUUCAAUUUCCAUUCCAACAUCAUCUCAUGAUUUCACAACUUUCAGUUCCACUAACCAAAGAGAUGGUUGA